AUGGCCAACCUCCCCCCCGUCUACAUCGUUUCUGCCGCCAGAACCCCCGUCGGUUCUUUCUUGGGCUCUUUGUCCAGCUUGAGCGCCACUCAAUUGGGUGCCCACGCCAUCAAGGCUGCCGUCGAGCGAGUUCCCCAGAUCAAGCCCGAGGACGUCGAGGAGGUCUUCUACGGCAAUGUCCUGUCCGCCAACCUUGGACAGGCCCCUGCCCGCCAAUGCGCUCUCGGAGCCGGUCUUUCGCAGGGCGUUGCCGCCACGACCGUCAACAAGGUCUGCGCCUCGGGCAUGAAGGCGAUCAUCCUUGGUGCUCAGACCAUCCUCACUGGCAACGCGGACAUUGUUGUCGCCGGAGGCACGGAGUCCAUGACCAACACCCCCCAUUACCUUCCCGUCCUCCGCAACGGGGCUAAGUAUGGCGACCAGACCCUCGUCGACGGUGUUCUCAAGGACGGCCUGACCGAUGCCUACGGCAAGAAGGAGCACAUGGGCAUGGCUGCUGAGCUCUGCGCCAAGGAACACGAACUCACUCGUGAGCAGCAGGACGAGUACGCCAUCAACACCUAUAAGAAGGCUCAAGCUGCCACCGAGGCCGGCAUCUUCUCCACGGAGAUCGCCCCCGUCGAGGUCUCCGGUGGCCGCGGCAAGCCCAACGUGAAGGUCGACCGCGACGACGAGGUCAAGAACCUCAACGUCGAUAAGCUCAAGGCCAUGCGCCCGGCAUUUAUUCCCAACGGCGGCACCGUUACCGCCCCCAAUGCUGCACCCCUCAACGACGGCGCCGCCGCCGUCGUCCUCAUGUCCGAGGCUAAGGUCAAGGAGCUCGGCGUCACCCCCAUCGCCAAGAUCCGCGGAUGGGCCGACGCCGCCCGCGAACCGGAGCGCUUCACUAUCGCGCCUGCUCUGGCCAUCCCCAAGGCCAUCAAGCACGCCGGUCUCACCGAGAAGGAUGUAGACUUUUACGAGAUCAACGAGGCUUUCUCCGUCGUUGCCCUCGCCAACAUCAAGCUCCUCAACCUCGACCCCGAGACCGUCAACGUAUUUGGUGGCUCUGUCGCUAUCGGACACCCCUUGGGCUGCUCCGGUGCUCGUAUCGUCACCACCCUCACUACCGUCCUCCGUGAGAAGAAGGCAAAGAUCGGUGUUGCCGGUAUCUGCAACGGCGGCGGUGGAGCUUCUGCCAUUGUUAUUGAGAGCCUGCAAUAA